AUGCUGAGACAGGACCCGUUUGAAAACCUCAUCUCGUUCAUAUGCUCUUCAAAUAACAACAUAUCUCGCAUCACGAAGAUGGUCAAGUCCCUCUGUCAACAUUACUCUCCACCGCUUUUGACGUUGGCACCGCCAGCCACAUCGUCUGGUGAACCCACGUCUGAAGAGCACAGUGCAACAGAUUCAUAUCACCCCUUUCCACCGCCAUCCGUCUUGGCCUCUUCCGAAGUGUCUGCCAAGCUGCGCUCCUUAGGGUUUGGCUACCGUGCCGACUUCAUUCAGAAGACGGCGAAAAUGCUCGUAGAGGCGCAUGGCACUACGAAGGCUGUAGAGGAUUCAUUGGAGCCGUCAGAGAGGUGGCUUCUCACGUUGCGACGAAUGAGUACCUGCGAUGCAAGGGAGGAGCUGCUCAAGUUCAUGGGUGUAGGCCGUAAGGUGGCCGAUUGCAUCCUGCUUAUGAGUCUCGACAAGAACGAGGUCAUCCCGGUCGAUACUCACGUCCACCAGAUUGCAGUCAAGCACUACGGUUUACGGGUGUUGGCAAAGGGGAAGGCCAACAUGACACCAAAAUUGUACGAGGAAGUUAGCACCAAGUUGGCGGCAGUGUGGGGAGACUACGCAGGUUGGGCGCACUCUGUCCUCUUCACCUCGGAUCUCAGAUCAUUCUCUUCCCAUGGACUACCAUCACCCUCACCUACACCCUCAGUUGCUGGGUCACCCCAGAAAACGGCAGGUGCUGGGAGCGUAUCCGACACUGCACGUCCGAGUCCGACCAAACGAAAAAGGGUCAAGGUGGUUCAGCUGGUUAACAAGGGAAGUGGAACGAUCAUAGACCAUCAACUAAACCUUCCGACCGCUGUUGGCUCAGAGAUGGACGACGACCACAUUUUGAGCCUGGCCGAUAGAGUGAAGCGGCGGCGACGGACGAAGAUGGUGGAGGUGACAUUAAUGCAGUAG